AAGCUCCGAUUUCCAUAGUAUUUUCCAUUUGUCAUCUUCAGGGUCGCGUUCUCUCGUGGCAGAAAAGGCCGGCUAAAGUUGUUUCACGAGCAAGCAGCAGCAGCAGCACAGAGGAGAGCUCAGUUAAUGACUCUGACGACGAUGUGAGACGAUCAGAUCGUGGUGGUUAAGAAUGAAAUGCUUAGCCGUCGUGGCACAAAGCCGCCAGCAGCCGAAAGGUGGUGGCGGGACGUAUCGCAUUAUCAACGGGACCCAGUCAGCCAUCACCGAGUUUCCGUAUCUGGUGUCGAUCCAGCGGAGGACGAGCAUAUCCAAGGAUCACAUCUGUGGCGGAGCAUUCAUCAACUCGGACUGGAUCCUGACGGCGGCCCACUGCCUGGCCGAUGAAACACCAGAGACCGUAAUUAUCCGUGCCGAGACAUCGUUCCACGAGCGCGGUGGGACACUGCUGAGGGUCGGUCAACUGGUCGUACACGAAAAGUUCAACGGCAGCGCCAGCAAGGACUACGACUACGGGUUAAUUAAAUUGCGUAAAACUUUCCGCCGAGCCGUUCCGGCAAAGCUAAAGAAUGGUCCACGGCGGUUCCGGCCGGGUGAGCGCUGCACGGUCAUGGGUUGGGGCCAAACUGCCACUACAAGUAUCAGCAAACGAGUUCUGAAAGCUACAGUACCAAUUGUGGCCCAGCGUAUCUGUCAAACAGCGUACCAGGACACGGAGGACGAGGUCACCAGCCGGAUGUUGUGCGCAGGCUAUCCGAACGGAGGAACCGAUGCGUGUGAGGGUGACUCUGGAGGACCACUUGUUUGCCGCCGGAAGUUGACUGGAAUCAUUUCCUGGGCCGAGGGAUGUGCUGAAUCGAAUUACUAUGGCGUGUAUAGUUAUGUGACGCCGAUGCGGGCCUGGAUACGGAACUACACUGGGGUGUGAGAGCUGGAAUCGGGAC